GGAUUCUGGAGGCAGAGGUACAAUCAGAUCAGCUGUGAACAGCUUACAUAGCAAAUCUAAUAGAACUGAAGUUGUAAUAAAUGGCUCCUUGCCGCCAGCUGUUGUUGACAGAAGUAAUGAAAGCAUUAAACACAGCAUUCAGCCAGCCUCGACCAAAUGGAGACACAACGAGACGCUGUCUCUGAGGAUCAGGAAGCAAAUCUUAAAGUUCUUGGAUGCCGAGAAGGACAUUUCUGUCCUCAAAGGGACCCUCAAGCCCGGAGACAUUAUCCACUACAUCUUUGACAGAGACAGCACAAUGAACGUGUCCCAGAACCUCUACGAGCUCCUCCCCAGAACCUCCCCCCUGAAGAACAAGCAUUUCCGGACUUGUGCCAUUGUGGGCAACUCGGGGGUCUUGCUGAACAGCGGCUGUGGAGAGGAGAUUGAUACACACAGCUUUGUCAUAAGGUGCAACCUGGCUCCGGUGCAGGAGUACGCCCGGGAUGUGGGCCUCAAGACAGACUUGGUGACCAUGAACCCCUCAGUCAUCCAGCGGGCCUUUGAGGACCUAGUCAAUGCCACGUGGCGAGAAAAGCUGCUGCAGAGGCUGCAUGGCCUCAAUGGCAGUAUCCUGUGGAUUCCCGCCUUCAUGGCCAGGGGUGGCAAGGAGCGCGUGGAGUGGGUCAACGCGCUUAUCCUGAAGCACCGCGUCAACGUGCGCACCGCCUACCCGUCGCUGCGCCUGCUGCAUGCGGUCCGCGGAUACUGGCUAACUAACAAAGUCCACAUCAAAAGACCCACCACUGGCCUCUUGAUGUACACCCUGGCCACACGUUUCUGCAAUCAGAUCUACCUCUAUGGCUUCUGGCCCUUUCCACUGGAUCAGAACCAGAACCCUGUCAAGUAUCACUAUUAUGACAGCCUCAAGUAUGGCUACACCUCCCAGGCCAGCCCCCAUACCAUGCCCUUGGAAUUCAAGGCCCUCAAGAGCCUGCAUGAGCAAGGGGCAUUGAAACUGACUGUCGGCCAGUGUGAUGGGGCCACGUAA